AUGCAAUCAAUUACAAUUCUUUCUUGUUUGAUUAUUGCUGUAACUAUCCUAUCGGUUCGUAUGCAUCCACAUGGAGGCGAUCCUGAUCGAAGACCACCACCAUUCGGCAAUGGUACAUUUCAUUUUAAUGGAACUUUUCCACCACGCAUGAAUGACACUGAUGAUGAACAUCAUGGUUUUCGACCACAUCAUGGCAAUAGAACGGAAGGAAAUGUGACAUUUGUACCAGAUGGCUUCUCUUCUCAUCCACCACAUGAACAUGAAGGUAAUGGUGAUCACCGACCAGGAAGACCUGGUGGUCAUCAAUGA